CUGACUCGCCUUCUCCCCCAGGAUGCAGCACCGAGGCUUCCUCCUCGCCCUCCUCGCCCUGCUGGCGCUUUCCUCCGCGCUGGCCACAAAGAAAGACAAGGUGAAGAAGGGGAGCGAGUGCGCGGAGUGGACCUGGGGGCCCUGCACCCCCAGCAGCAAGGACUGCGGCAUGGGCCUCCGUGAGGGCACCUGCGGUACCCAGACCCAGCGCAUUCGCUGCAGGGUGCCCUGCAACUGGAAGAAGGAGUUCGGAGCCGACUGCAAGUACAAGUUCGAUAGCUGGGGGGCGUGUGAUGGGGGCACGGGCACCAAAGCCCGCCAAGGCACCCUGAAGAAGGCGCGUUACAAUGCCCAGUGCCAGGAGACCAUCCGUGUGACAAAGCCCUGCGCCCCCAAGACCAAAGCCAAGGCCAAAGCCAAGAAAGGGAAGGGAAAGGAUUAGAGGCUGGGCCUGAAUGCCAAGAAGCCCCCCGGCUUUACCUGGGGUCUGACCAUGCCGGCACCUCCCACCGGCCCUGGAUAGACCCACCAGUGCCUUUGUCUGCGCUUAGCUUUAUCAAUCAUGCCCGCCUCUUCCCUCUCGCGCCUCCAGCCCCGCUCCCAAGUGCCCCAAGUGGGAAGGGACAAGGGAUUCCAGAAAUGUGAGCCCUCUCCCGCGCCCCCCAUGUAUUUGAUUCCCACUGCUCCCUCGUUUUCUUCCCAAUGAUACCAUGACUAAGAAGCAAAUAAAAUAAAUGGA